GUUUAUGGCAAUGAUCAAGAAAAACCAAAAACCCUUCACUCAUUACUUCAGAUUGAUUGUAGAAAUCCAACCUUCAAGCAAGCUCCACCCAACUAUAUUCAAGCCUCCUCCCACCAAGACAGAGUGUGAAAUUUCCCAUAUCCUCAACUUCCUCUCUCUUCCUUUAAAGAUUAUUGUCAUGUCACCAACUAUUACAAGAAUCAUGUCAAAUCAUCCUUUAACAUGCAAAAAACUGGUUAUUAUUGGGCAACAUUUGAAAAGUAAAAGUGUUUUUUUUACAAAGACUUUAUUUAGAUAAUAUUUUUAACCAUUUUGUGCCAUGUUUGAGUGCCUCUUUUCCCUUCUUAUUUUUUCCAAGGUACAUGUGGUUUGGUGCCAAGCUAGAUGAAUCGUUUACUCAACUGGUUGUUGUAUUGCAAUGGUGGUUUUGACAAGACGAAUAGGAGAGCACGAAUUUGAGGGAGAACAGCCAUGUGGAAUCCAUCGCCAUUAUCAUCACUUCCCCUCAAAAUAGCAUUCAUCCUCUCUUUCUCUCUCACUGCAUCUUCUUCGUCUUACUCUCCCCCAACCCCCAACCCCCGUUAUCAUUCCAUCUCAAUUCCGAAAGUCAACUCCAAGAAACCCUCAGCGACCACCGCCACCACUGGAGACAUACUCGCACUCCUUGGCACACCUCAGCAGGCUGCCUCCGUCGACCCCCAAAUUGCUGCUGAACUUCAAUCCUGCUUCAAGUUCAUCGUUCCUUUUAAUCCUACUACCAACACUCCACCUGAUUCCCGUUUCAAUUUAAUAAAUCGGCUGAGUCAAUCCCUAACCGAAUCGGGAAUUCAAUUUCCGCGGCGCACGCUGAAUUCUAAACCCCGUCGUGACGCUGAGGGUUAUCAGAAUGAGCUUAUCUGGUCACCACCGGCACCUGUGUUGGAGAUUGCUCGACUUGCUUUUGAUUCUGGUGGCGAUCCAGGUUCUAUUCAAGGCACCCUUGAUCCCACCAUGAUCUACGUACCUGAUUGUGAAGGCUCAAAUGAAAAUCGAUGUGAACUUACAAGAUAUCCUUAUGGAAGGCACUUUAUAAACGAGGAAUUGAAUUCAUACAUGGAAUUUUUGUUCCAACUUAUUGCUUCUCGUGGUCCUAAAGUUGGGUUAAAUGUAUCAUUAAAUCGAUUUGACUUCUUCCAUGGUCAUCUUUUCAUUGCUGCAGAUGGAAGAGUUGGUAUUUUGUUUCAUGCUAAAGAAUACCCUGCAUUUGAUAAGAAAGUGUUCCCAUACAACAUGGGUUAUUGCCAAAAAGGUUCUAAUGUGACAUAUGAUGACUCGAUGAAUCUGAGGAACAUUCUAUGGCUAGCCCCUUUGCCAAGUGAUUCCACCAACACUUGGUCUGCACCUGGAGUGUUGGUGGUAUUGGAUGCGCAUCCUGGUGGAAUUAUAUAUCGGGAUAUCAUACCUAACUAUGUAAAAUAUGCAAGAACAAUAUAUGAAGAUGAUUUCGGUGAUAAUGUGGUUGAUGUAAACUACCUAAAUGUGGGCACUGCGAAGCCGGACUAUCAACUAUUCAUUUGCUAAUACAUGAGCAUUGAAUCUAGGGCUAUUUUCGAAAAUAGAGAUGAGAAGGGCAUUUACGUCUUUUCCACAUAGGAGAGAUUGAGUUGAGAGCAUGUCGAUGUCCCAUCUUUUGGGUGUUCAUAAAAAGUUGCAAAUUCUGUGUCAGACUCAGUCCAAUUAAUGUCAAACACAGUGCAAUAUCGUUUGGUUAGGGUUAUCGCGUGUAGCAAGUGAUUUGUUGCAUUUGAGUUUCAUAAAAUGAUAAAAGUUAUGAGAAUAUUGAAAUUGAAUGUAUUCUGUACCAUAUCCAUGAUUAUAGAGAUCAUCAUUAAGAUAAUUUGUAUGUGUUUAAGUUUUUUGGAAAAAAUAGAAUAUUUUGAGGUUUUCAAAUUCAUAAAAUGGGAUACGGAUAAAUCCGAUCAUGAAUGAUGAAAAUUUGAUAGAGAGCAUCCAAG